AGAGUAGACAAGAGAGACCUUUGGAAGGGAACGGAGGACGGCCCACGGCGGAUAGGCGGAGCAGCAGACAUGCGCUGAGCUGGCAGACCCGGGGCUGGUCCGAGAAGUAGCGAAGAGGGGAAGAGGGGCGCGGGUGCUGUCUGCGUCCAGGCGGCCGCAGGGAAACUACCGUACGAUUCGCCUCUCAUUCAUGGCGAAGAGGAUAGACGCGGAGAAUAAAGCAAAGGGCAACAAACUAAUAAAGAAGACACUGCAUUCUGGGAAAGAAGCAAAGAAGGGACCCCCUUUCGCCAUCUCCCAGCGCUUUCCCUCCCACCUCCCGAGACGACCACCCAUUGAAAAGGCACUUGACCAGCGUCGCCUAUAAGCGAUGCACAUUGAAUGGAAGACCUCGACAACCUUUUGUGAAAAAAAAAACAAACAUUGUUUUUAAUUUUUCUAUUUCUUACAUAUAUUGCUAUUAUAUACACUAAACUGGUGUUUUCUUACGCGCACACGAUCAAGUUUAUUUUACAAAUGGGCGCUUGGAGGCAUGAUUUUUUCUAAUUAUUGGAGGCGGACAUCAGUUAUUUGCACUGUUCAAUAACAGGGACUAUUUUCAACGUCUAAUCGCUUUUUUAUGUUGCUACAGAUUUCUUUUAUAGUACAUCGACAAUGCUCCGCAAAUCGGCUGCUUAACUCGACGUUUGAAUCGCGGGUGCGCGUUUUUCCGUCCGUCUGUCAUCUCAAAAAUAAUACGGCGCACAAAACAGAGAAGUAUCGUCGGCAGCGACAGCGAUCCGUCUUUGAAGUGAAUGGAAAGUUACACACCGAGGAGGGAGAAAGUAGAAGCGAUACUCCGAGCACAUCCAGAAAAGACGGGCUUUCUCCAAAGGAGGAAGGCGGUACCUGGGCGUCGUGUCUGGCUGAGCACCUCUGUGAUUGGCUGUCUGUGCAGGAGGAGGGCGGUACCUGGGCCUCGUCGCCUGGGCCCUGGGCCGCAGCCAUGCUGUCCGUGGACGAGCCACUGGACCUGAAGAUUCCCAGAAGGGGCAACGGGCAUGAUGGGGGCAGGAGCACUCCCAGCAUCUAUGCCCCCUCCAUCUCCGCACCACUUAGCGCCUCUCGCUUCCGGCGGUACCACACUGCUGAUGACGGCACCUCGGUCAUCGUGCCCACAUCCCCGGCAUCCCCGGCCUCUCCACCCACAGGUAACAGGUAUCUGACACGCAAGUGUCCAGUUUAUCACCCGCCCCGCCCUUCUCCGCCAGCAGGGGUCCCUCAAGAGAAGCUGGAACCGCACACCCCCCCUGCCAUCGACCUCAGCGUGUCUCCCUCCUCCCUGCACACCCCCUCCCCGCCGGAUCUAUCCAUCUGCAGUGGGGCCACCUCGCUCUUCUCCAGGGACUCCGCCUACAUUCGCUACUUAGAAGGCGGGACCUCCCCUCAGGCAUUCCAGUUCUUCCUGCCGGUCGGCGCUGGGGGCGGGUUCCACCUGCCAUCCUCCGUGUUCAUUGGCCAGCCCAAGGAGACGAGCGCCUCCCCCGAGCUCUCUGCGGAUGAACAGCUUGCCUGUCGUUGGACGAAGUGCCACCUGCUCUUCGACUCCCUUCAGGACCUGGUGGACCAUGUCAAUGAUUUCCACGUCAAGCCUGAAAAGAAUUCUGGGUACUGCUGCCACUGGGAAGGCUGUGCCCGCAAAGGGCGGGGCUUCAAUGCCAGGUACAAGAUGCUGAUCCACAUCCGCACCCACACCAACGAGAAGCCUCACCGCUGCCCCACCUGCAACAAGAGCUUCUCCCGCCUGGAGAACCUCAAGAUCCACAACCGCUCCCACACAGGAGAGAAGCCCUACAUUUGCCCGUAUGAGGGCUGCGACAAGCGUUACUCCAACUCGAGUGACCGCUUCAAGCACACGCGCACGCACUACGUGGACAAGCCCUACUACUGCAAGAUGGCCGGCUGCCUGAAGCGCUACACGGACCCCAGCUCCCUGCGUAAGCACAUCAAAGCCCACGGGCACUUUGUGGCCCCAGAGCCAGCCCCACGUGGCAGUGUGGGAGCCCUGCUCAAGGGGGCGGAGCUACCUUAUGUGGGCGGGGCCCACAUCGUCAUCCCAGGUGCUGGUGCUGCCCUCCUGCCUGGCCUGGCCGGCUCACUACCCUUUUCUGCUCUCGGGUCCCAGGGAGUGGACCCAAGCUCGCUGCCCCCCUCCCGCUCUGGGCUAGCCAGGGCCCCCAUUUUCUCCAUCAGUAGCGGCUCCCUGGGCUUGGGCAAGUCACCUCUCCUGUCUCCGGCCUUCUCCGCUCUAGGCCUUCCCAUGGGGGCGGAGCUUGGCUUGAGGGGGAGGGGCCACAUACGAGCUAGGUGGGGCAGUGUCAGGGAAGAGAGGAGCGAGGAAGAGGAGGAGGAGGAUGCCGAAGGGUCCGAGGAUCUUCCAGGUGCCGUGCUCAACCUCUCCACUGGGGGCAGCCAUGACCCCCUGUCUUGGGUGGUCAUCCCACCAGGCACGGUGAAGCUCAAACCGACCGUGGUUAACUGACCCAGAGUGCUGGGGAAGAGUGGGGCCAGGCAGUGGGGUGGGCCUUUGGGGGCAGGAUCAUUUAGGGAACAUGGCAUGAGGUUCGAAGCAGAACCACACAGUUUUUGAGAAAAACCAGUCCAAUCAUUCCUGAACUGACCAAAGACAAGAGCAGUGGACCAGCUCAUCUGGGGUGAGCACACAUACCUCUACUCCCAUCAGGUGUGGGAAUCCAUAAGUGAUACCAGUAGGAAUGCAGCGUGCCAUAAUGCUGUAGGCAGAAUUUCCGCUCCACACCUCCGGCAGUCAUACAGACACACACACACACACACACACACACACACACACACACACACACACACACACACACACACACACACACACACAUAGGUUUGUAUUCAUAUCUUUGUGGGGACUCUCCAUUCAUUUCUGUGGGCACAACCCUAAUCCAAACAAUGACGACCUUAACCCCCACCCAGCCCUAACCUUACCCAUAAAUAACCAAACAAGACACAAGGCUCGUGGCAUUUUUAAUUUGCUGAUCACAUUCAAAGAUUUUUAUAAAAAUGGGUUUCUGAAAAUAUGUCUCCACAAGGUCAAAGUAAUAGGUUUCAUCACAUUGUGUACAUAUUAAUAUAUACUUUAUUGAUCCCUGUGGGGGAGUUUUCUUUAGGCCUCCCGCUCUCUGUAGGGGAGAGCAUGCUGGCAGUAAAGGGCUGCCACCUGUUGGGGCGCCCAGGGAGGGGGGGUUAAGGGCCUUGCUGAAGGACCUGUAGACAUGCUGAGGCGGGGCUUGAACCGAUGACCUUCCGAUUACAGCCACAGAGGGUUAGGUCACUGAGACACACACUGCUCCCAUGCGUUAUAUGCAUUAUUUCUCUCUCUCACAUUCUCACACACACACACACACACACGCACACACACACACACACACACACACACCUCUCUUACCUACCAAACGCCUGAUGUAACUAUGGCACUGACACAGCGGCAGUCCAGGUUUUUCCAUCUUACAUUUUUCUCCAGCAGUUCUUGAAGCGUCAGUGUGGUGGCUUCAGAUCCCAGUUUGCUGGGUGGAACUGGGGAGUCAAAGAUCUGUCUUGCUGUGGGGGUGUCCCGUCUUCUUCUUUUCCAAGUGUGGGUUACAGACAUCAGUAAAGUUAAAAGACAAGCCCAGGCUUUCCUGGCUGGUGGGGCAGAAAAGCAUCUACCUAAACCAGGCAGCAGGGCGGCGACAUUGAGCAUGGAUCAACACUGAUCUGACGACAUGUCUCAGGCCCACAGGCAGAAAAAGACAGAAACAGGGACACUCCCGUAAUUCUUUUAGUUUUCACAAUAAUCUCCACCACCAGUAACAGUUGUCCCAUUAAAAAAAAAGACUCCUUAAUGAGAUGAGCAGAUCUGUUUUGUAAUACAGAAGGCUACAUCUGCUGGCCAGCGGUUUUGACAGGGGGUUGUUAAAGAGCAUGUGCAGGCCAAGUCUGACAUUCAACAGUUUUAACUGUCAUUAUGUAUUGAUUUACAUUUGAAGCUAUCCGUCGCCCCCUGCUGGACUCAUGAUGCAUUGCACCCUGCUCACCUGUAUGGACCAAGCCUAGAACAUUAGCAAAUGUUUACUGGGAUAUUUGAGUUUAUUUUAAUGAGAAAUGUAGUUCUGUGGAUACGUAAAAGAGCCUUUUUAUAAACCAGGAAUUGGUGCUUAUAAAAGAUCAAUUAGAAGCCCCCCUGCUGUACCUGAGAUGUUUUAGUUACUUAUUCAGCUGUAUAAACUUUGAUAAAUGUCCCAGAAAAGCGACACGCUAAAUGACAAAACUGACUUACACUAGUAAAAGUGAGUGAAAUACAAUAAGGACACAUGUUGUGACAAAGCAUCACUGAUCAGUUCUUUGAAAGGCUCGUUUUGUGUCAUAGCAGCUAGCAUAGCAUAGUGGGUGUUUUACCUGUUGAAUCCAGCAGGGGGUGCACGUGCCCUGUUCCCCGACUCCUGCCAGCGCCGAUGUAAAAUAGUACAUUACGUGCACGUGACAUGAUGUGAGAAACUGCACUCGUCCAAGACAUUCCUGCGCACAUGCUCCUCUGUCUGAUCGACUGUGCUGUGAUCGUCGAGAACGGUAAUAAUAAUCGUUGUUAUUCAUUUCCUAGUUAGACGAGACAUUGCUUUGUUUUCUUUGUUUUGAUCGUUUGUGAUCGCUGCUCUGCUUUGGACCGGCCCCUCGGAGAGAGGCGGGUGUGGGGGCUCUCUGCCCGGGGCAGGUCCACGUCGACACGGACCCGAUGCGGGGUCCACACCUUUCAAUACGAAAUAAGCUGUUUAGACGUACACAUUACCCUUAUGACAUUUUGAGGGAACCUCGAAGCACUUUGCAUGGAUGUGGAGCGAACUGGCCCGCGAUCUGUUAAACCCAAGUAAUCAGAGAAUUAAAAAAAUAAAUCCAUAAAUAAACCAUCAGUACACUAAAUAUUUGUGGACAUAAAACUAAGGGCCAUUUACGAAGAAAACAUUGUAUAUGAAACAUCCAUCUAAAUUCCCUAGUGUAUGUAAAAUACUCCCCAGCCUAAUAAAGCUAUUGUGUAUAAUAAUGUAACUGCGACCUGAUAAAAUGACGUGUGGCUCCCAGCCAUGCAUUUAGCUAUUGUGAGGUACUUUCGGAUUAUGCUGAACUGCUUGUAUUCCCAUGCUGUAGGAUACUGUCAGAUCACAGUACCCUCUUCCUUGCCCAAGAUGAAAUCGCUCCCUUCUUGCAAGGGGAUGUCAUGGUACAAAGAUACCAACAUCAGCCGGAGGAAUCAUUCAGACAUCCUCCCCACCAACCCUGAAUAUGAGUAUUACAAUCUGGCUAUUAAAAGGGUUUCCGGAGUCGCUGGGGAGGGAUGUCAGCUAGUAUGGGGUGUCAGUGUACAGAGGGUUAUUGUUUGACGAGGGCCAAACAAGGCCAAUAUCUUGAUUUAUUUUUUUUUGCACAUUAAAAUAUUUUAAUAUCAGUAUUUUAAAUGGUUCUAAGUGCCUUCUAUUAUAAGUGAAAAAAAAAACAGACGAACUACGGUGUAUGAAAUGACUAUAUAAAUAUAUAAAUAUAUGUAUAUUUUCCCAGCUCCACGUUCUGAGGCAGGAUGUGUAGAAAUGUUGAGUCUCCACUUGGUACCAUAUAGCUCUGUGAUCCUGUUUUAGGGGACGUAUAUGACCUCGACGAUGGUGUGUGACGAUGAUGAUGAUGUCAGUAAAAAAAUGAAUAAAGAUGAAUUUGAUACUU